GCAGAGGACAGGAACAGAGAGAGACCUUCGAGUAGGGCCAUCACACAGCGCUGGCAAGCAAAAUUCGACGCAUUCUGGCCUUCUGGUCGUGCCCAUGGCUGGGGGAGCGUUGUCUGUGCUCCGAGGGCGCACAACAAUUUCACGUCUGAAGCUUUUGGCAGGGCGCGCUGAAGCAUGUGUGCGAGGACGAGCUUUCAGGGGUAAUGAGACAAACUCAUGGGAAGGUGAGGAGGCCAUUGGAAUCGGAGAUGGACAUGUACCAGCCUCACAACCUUCCUCGAGCCAUGAAGUCAUGGUUUUCGAGCCGCGGCGAUCUUUCUCUCAUGGUCGAAAAUCUCAUCAAGGUUCUUUUCUGCUCGGCGCUCUCAUGCCAUACUCUUCUGGGCAAUUAUUCGCAGUCGAGACAGCAAGAGAUAUACACAGCGUGCGGUUCCUACAUGCGACAUCUGAUGAUUGGUUGGUACAGCGGGCUAGAGCUGACAAAAGGCGGCGAGAAGAGCGUGCUAGAAAAUUGCAGUCUCGGGUCCGGACACAGGAUGACGAUGAUGUUUCAUAUCCGGACUCUGGAGAAUUUUACAUGGACUCAAACAGUACUCAGGAAAGGCUUGCCGCAGUAUUAGGGAGGCCGGACUUGAUCAUCACUCGUAAUGUGGAGUGGGCGAAUCUUGCUUUUGGAUUCGAACAGCAAAACAAAUAUGUCAUAAUGGAUCCACGCGAGCCUCAAGCUCCUGUCGGGUACAUUCUUGAAGAUAGCAACAUAUUUAUGCGUCAGUUUUUACGGAGGAGGCGACCGUUUGUAGCCCUUGUUUUGGACGCCUAUGGUAACGAAGUUUGUAGAGUUCGGAGACCCGCGUGGCUAAUCAACAGUACCAUUUACGUCGAAGUUGAUGGCCAGAUUAUAGGGGAGGCCCACAGGAGAUGGCAUCUCUGGAGACGAAUCUAUGAUGUCUACCUGGGGAAGCAGCAGUUUGCAUCUGUCGAGAACCCAGGCUUCUGGUACUGGACAUUCACCCUCCAGGAUGCGAACCAGGGACUCCUCGCGGUGAUAGAUCGCAACUGGAGAGGCUUCGGAUACGAGUUCCUCACAGAUGCCGGUCAGUAUGUUGUCCGGUUCGGAGAUACGAUCCCUGAUUACAUUCCCGCUGCAUAUCGACCAGCUACGGUAAUGGAGACAGUUCGAGCAAAUGACAAGCCUGUCCUCGCAGGCUCACCGUCCGCCAUCAGUGAGAUUCAAAACUUACAAACCGCGGCUCAGGAGGCUGAGCCGCUUGUUGUUGAUCGACCUUUGACAUUGACGGAGAGAGCCGUGACAUUAGCGUUGGCAGUAUCACUAGACAAUGACUACUUUUCUAACCAUAGUCAAGGGGUUGGGUUUUUUCCUCUUCCAUUCUUCGGAGGUGGCUCCGAAGUUGCAGAUGCAGACAGAAAUUUGCCCAUGGAAGAUGAUUCUUCGGGCUAUUCAAGUGCGGCGUAUAACUCUACAGCAGAUGAUCUCUCGAGUGAACCAGCUGAACCAGCUGAACCCCUUGAGCGAGUAAUAGCUUCCGAUGACAGUGGUGGAGAACCUUUUCAUGAUUCAUGGAACGACGAGGAUGUGGAGGAGGCCAUUUUUGGUGACUCCCGUACAGAUUCAUGGACGGACGACAACCAAUCUCAAGAUGGUGCAGAUAUGUUUGAUCCUUCUGACUUUUUUGGAAAGAGUGAAUGAAGAACCUCCUUCGAAACAUUCUUCUUGUAAAUCUUCGAAACAUCGGAUACUUUGGGGUCGAUUGAUAUUAACAUACUUGGGGUGCUUUGUGCCCAUAUUUACAAAGUUCCAACUUGCAGAAGCUUACAUGGGCACUUACCAUGGUCAAACAAACGAUAAUCUUGAGGAUAGAUGUUUCUCAAUCUUAUUCAUGUGAUCUGGUACUGAACUUUAAUACUAUUCAGCAGCGUCAUGGCUCUGUACAGCUUUCUACAUGUUGAAAGACACCAGUUUUGACCCGUUGGUUAGGACUAAAAUUGUCAAUAUUUUCACAUGUUUUGGUCAAAGACUGCAAUGGAAACUAGCAUAUGUAUAUGGACUAUCACUGUUAACCACUUCAGAGAGAAGAAAAUUUCCUUGAGGAAAGGAUUGAGCCAUUGUCUC